CCCAAGGAGCGCAAGACAAUGGCUGAGAUCAUUGAAGAGAUCAGAGCGAUGGACUGGUAUACGGGUCAGAUUGUUCCAGACGGCCAUAGGGCUUUCGAUGCCCAGCCUGCGAUAUAUGGGGACCUGAAUUUCACUCUUUCACAGGGCCUAGUAAAUGCGUUGUAUAACACCAAAGGAAUAACUCGAUUUUAUUCUCACCAGGCAGAAGCAAUCAACCACCUAUCUGAUGGACGCAAUGUCAUCGUCUCGACGUCGACCAGCUCUGGCAAGUCGUUGAUCUACCAGGUUCCCAUGCUGCACGAGUUGGAAAAGGACCCAAACAGCAGAGGCUUGUAUAUAUUCCCUACCAAGGCUCUUGCCCAAGACCAAAGACGCAGUAUGCAAGAGCUUUUGCAGUAUCUGGAAGGAUUGCAAGGCACGAUGGUCGAGACCUUCGACGGUGACACACCGAUGGGAAACCGCAAUUUAAUUCGAGAAGAGGCACGCAUCAUCUUCACCAACCCAGAUAUGUUGCAUAUCACGAUCCUCCCACAGGAAGACUCCUGGCGAACCUUUCUGAAAAAUCUCAAAUUCGUUGUAGUUGACGAGCUCCACGUCUACAAUGGGCUGUUCGGAUCCCAUGUAGCAUUUAUCAUGCGCCGCCUGCGUCGUGUCUGUGCAGCUGUGGGGAACCGCCAUGUCCGGUUCAUAUCCUGCUCAGCGACUGUAGCGAAUCCGCAAGAACACAUGAAAGCCAUAUUUGGUGUCGACGACGUUCAACUAAUCGAUUUUGAUGGCUCUCCCUGCGGUCGUAAGGAAUUCCUCUGCUGGAACACGCCGUACAAAGACCCUGGUGAUCCUACGUCCGGAAGAGGGGACAGCAUUGCGGAAACCGCGCGACUCUUUUGCCAACUGAUUCUCCGUGGUGCUCGUGUGAUUGCCUUUUGCCGAAUCCGUAAGUUAUGCGAGGUUCUGCUACAGGCUGUACGGAACGAAUGCAAUCAGCUCGAACGGCCCGAGAUUGGAGAGCUGAUUAUGGGGUAUCGCGGGGGAUACAGUCCACAAGAUAGAAGGAGAAUCGAGGCCGAGAUGUUUGAGGGCCGGCUAUUAGGCAUCGUUGCAACUAAUGCGCUUGAACUGGGUGUUGAUAUCGGAUCUCUUGAUGCUGUUAUCACUCUGGGGUUUCCUUACUCAAUCUCUAACCUUCGACAGCAGAGUGGUCGUGCUGGACGCAGGAAUAAAGAUUCUCUCUCCGUUCUAGUUGGCGAUAGGUAUCCCACAGACCAGCACUACAUGAAGAAUCCGGAGGAGCUUUUCACUAAACCUAAUUGCGAACUGCAAAUCGACCUGUCCAACGAGCUGGUCCUUGAAGGACACGUCCAAUGUGCUGCAUUUGAAAUGCCCAUCAACCCAGAUCAAGACCAGGUAUACUUUGGCUCACAGGGAGCCGAGUUGGCAGGCACCCGGCUUGUCCGUGACGUGAUGGGCUUCUAUCACUGCCAUGAACGAUUUCGACCUCAUCCCUCACGGUGUGUACCUAUCCGCGACACGGAAGACCAGCAUUUCGCCGUUAUCGACACCACUAAUUCCCGAAACCUUGUUCUUGAAGAAGUCGAGGCCUCGCGUGCUUUCUUCACCCUCUAUGAAGGUGGCAUCUUUCUUCACCAGGGUCAGGCAUACCUAGUCAAAGAGCUGAAUACAGACCAGUUCUUUGCACGGGUUGUCCGAGUCCAUGUGGACUGGAACACCAUGCAGCGUGAUUUCACCGACAUCGACCCCAUCGAGACAGAGAAUAUGCGCCUUAUCAGCCUGUCUCCUAAUGACAACGACAAUAACACCGCCACCACGCACAUAGGAACAAAUGAAGGGUCGCGAGCCUUUUUUGGCUCCGUCCGCAUUCAUGCCGUUGUCUACGGCUUCUUCAAAGUUGACAAACGCGGUCGCAUUCUCGAUGCUGUAGCUGUUGAUAACCCACCAAUCGAACUUUUCACCAAGGGUAUGUGGCUUGACGUGCCCAAACGAGCCCUCGAAAUACUCGAAUCUAGGCGCCUCAAUAUUGCCGCUGCAAUUCACGCCGCUGAACACGCGGUUUUGUCAUUGCUGCCUAGCUUUGUGAUCUCCUCUCCUGGCGACGUACGCACCGAAUGCAAGGUCGCAAAAAAGGAACUCGGGAAGAAUUUAAAACGCGCGGUGGAACAUCGGUCCCAGAGUUGUCGAGAGGAUGAAGAGCAUGCCAGGCUGCUGGCUCGUUUGCGCCCGCCUGCUCGUCAGCGACCUGCGAGACUGACAUUUUAUGAUGCAAAGGGUGGGCCGUGCGGGUCUGGUAUUGCGCGGAAGGCUUUUGAGUUUGUGGAUGUGCUUCUUCGACGGGCUGUGUCAAGAAUCGAGGCUUGUACUUGUAUCACUCCGAAGGGGUGUUUGGAGUGCGUGUGCGAUGAACGGUGCAAGGAAAUGAACUCUGUGAUGAGUAAGGCUGGCGCAGCGGUGGUGUUGCGGUGUCUGUUGGGAUGGGAGGUGGAUGUAGAUGCUUUGCCGUGGGGCGAGGUCGAUGAAGAUGGAAGGGAUGAGCUGGGAGAAUUAGCAGGCGGAUUAGAAACGGUUGUUUUGGCCAAGGAGGUUCCCUGGAGGAAUCCUUGACUUGGACGCCUGUUUCCAACUACAUAUUAUUUUGAUGUAGAGCUACAGCGGACG